AUGACCGCUCCCUGGCGGCGCCUCCGGAGUCUGGUUUGGGAAUACUGGGCCGGGCUCCUCGUGUGCGCCUUCUGGAUCCCGGACUCGCGCGGGAUGCCCCACGUCAUCCGAAUCGGAGGAAUCUUUGAGUAUGCGGACGGCCCGAACGCCCAGGUCAUGAACGCUGAGGAGCAUGCCUUUCGAUUUUCUGCCAACAUCAUCAACCGAAACAGGACUCUGCUGCCCAACACAACCUUGACCUAUGACAUCCAGAGGAUUCACUUCCACGACAGCUUCGAGGCCACCAAGAAGGCCUGCGACCAGCUGGCUUUGGGGGUGGUGGCGAUCUUCGGGCCAUCCCAGGGCUCCUGCACCAAUGCCGUCCAGUCCAUCUGCAACGCGCUGGAGGUGCCUCACAUCCAGCUGCGCUGGAAGCACCACCCACUGGACAACAAAGACACCUUCUAUGUGAACCUGUACCCGGACUACGCCUCCCUCAGCCACGCCAUCCUCGACCUGGUCCAGUACCUCAAGUGGCGGUCGGCCACCGUGGUCUAUGACGACAGCACAGGGCUCAUCCGACUGCAGGAGCUCAUCAUGGCCCCAUCGAGGUACAACAUCCGCCUGAAGAUCCGCCAGCUCCCCCUGGACUCUGAUGACUCGCGCCCGCUGCUGAAGGAGAUGAAGCGAGGCCGGGAAUUCCGCAUUAUCUUCGACUGCAGCCAUACCAUGGCCGCCCAGAUCCUCAAGCAGGCCAUGGCCAUGGGCAUGAUGACCGAGUACUACCACUUCAUCUUCACCACCCUGGAUCUUUAUGCGUUAGACCUGGAGCCCUACCGCUACUCAGGGGUGAACCUGACGGGAUUCCGGAUCCUCAAUGUGGACAACCCCCACGUCUCGGCCAUCGUGGAGAAAUGGUCCAUGGAGCGUCUGCAGGCGGCUCCCCGGGCAGAGUCCGGCCUGUUGGACGGCGUGAUGAUGACUGAUGCAGCUUUACUGUAUGACGCUGUCCACAUCGUGUCCGUGUGCUACCAGCGGGCACCCCAGAUGACCGUGAACUCCCUGCAGUGCCAUCGGCACAAGGCCUGGCGCUUCGGUGGCCGUUUCAUGAACUUCAUCAAGGAGGCUCAAUGGGAAGGAUUGACUGGACGGAUUGUUUUCAACAAAACCAGUGGCUUACGGACGGAUUUCGAUCUGGACAUCAUCAGCCUUAAGGAAGACGGCCUGGAGAAGGUUGGGGUGUGGAGUCCUGCCGAGGGCCUCAACAUCACGGAGGUCGCCAAAGGCCGAGGCCCUAAUGUCACCGACUCUCUGACAAACAGGUCCCUCAUUGUCACCACUGUGCUGGAGGAGCCCUUUGUCAUGUUCCGGAAGUCCGACAGGACCCUGUUUGGGAAUGAUCGGUUCGAGGGCUACUGUAUCGACCUGCUCAAAGAACUGGCCCACAUCCUGGGCUUCUCCUACGAGAUCCGGCUGGUAGAAGACGGGAAAUACGGGGCACAGGAUGACAAGGGCCAGUGGAACGGCAUGAUCAAGGAGCUCAUCGACCAUAAGGCAGAUCUGGCUGUGGCCCCCCUGACCAUCACCCACGUCCGCGAGAAGGCCAUCGACUUCUCCAAGCCCUUCAUGACCCUCGGUGUGAGCAUCCUCUAUCGCAAGCCCAAUGGCACCAACCCCAGUGUCUUCUCCUUCCUCAACCCCCUGUCCCCAGACAUCUGGAUGUACGUGCUCCUCGCCUACCUGGGUGUCAGCUGUGUCCUCUUUGUCAUCGCCAGGUUCAGCCCCUACGAGUGGUAUGAUGCUCACCCCUGCAACCCUGGCUCUGAGGUGGUAGAAAAUAACUUCACUCUGCUGAACAGCUUCUGGUUUGGAAUGGGGUCCUUGAUGCAGCAAGGGUCUGAACUGAUGCCCAAAGCCCUGUCCACGCGCAUCAUUGGUGGCAUCUGGUGGUUCUUCACGCUGAUCAUCAUCUCCUCCUACACGGCCAACCUGGCUGCCUUUCUGACUGUGGAGCGCAUGGAAUCACCCAUUGACUCUGCCGAUGACCUGGCCAAGCAAACCAAAAUCGAGUAUGGGGCUGUCAAGGAUGGGGCCACCAUGACCUUCUUCAAGAAAUCCAAGAUCUCCACCUUCGAGAAGAUGUGGGCCUUCAUGAGCAGCAAGCCCUCGGCACUGGUGAAGAACAACGAGGAGGGCAUCCAGCGGACACUGACGGCGGACUACGCGCUGCUCAUGGAGUCCACCACCAUCGAGUACGUCACCCAGAGGAACUGCAACCUCACCCAGAUUGGGGGCCUCAUCGACUCCAAGGGCUACGGCAUCGGCACACCCAUGGGCUCCCCGUACCGGGACAAGAUCACCAUCGCCAUCCUGCAGCUGCAGGAAGAGGACAAGCUGCACAUCAUGAAGGAGAAGUGGUGGCGGGGCAGCGGGUGUCCCGAGGAGGAAAACAAAGAGGCCAGUGCCCUGGGCAUCCAGAAGAUCGGGGGCAUCUUCAUCGUCCUGGCCGCCGGGCUGGUCCUGUCUGUGCUGGUGGCUGUGGGCGAGUUUGUGUACAAGCUCCGCAAGACAGCAGAGCGAGAACAGCGCUCCUUCUGCAGCACCGUGGCCGACGAGAUCCGCUUCUCCCUUACCUGCCAGCGCCGGGUCAAGCACAAGCCACAGCCUCCCAUGAUGGUCAAGACAGACGCCGUCAUCAACAUGCACACGUUCAACGAUCGCCGGCUUCCGGGCAAGGACAGCAUGACCUGCAGCACAUCACUGGCCCCUGUGUUCCCCUAG